AUGACUAAGCCCGCCGAGCAUUUGUGCGUUUACUCUCUGCUGGCACUAUUUGUCGUUUGCGUGGGCUAUUCCGGAUUUGGGAAAUCUGGUUCAGGCCAGCUAAGGACUCCCAUCAAGAAAAGACCUGUCCCACCUUUGGCAACCUUGGAUUCCAGUUUGGGUUCUGAGUCUAUCAACAUGACGCCACCUCGCAUUGACUCUUCCAAGCCCGCUGGUCAUGUGGCAAUUGUCACAACUUCGGCCAAAUCGCCAAUCGACACAUCUUGUUUACUGCCCAGCCAGCCAACCGCUGCCGAAGUUGGUGGCCGCCUACGACUGGACGAUUUUCUCGGAGCUCCCACCGGUCGACCAGUCAUCGUUCAAAAACAGAAUAUUGAAACUCGAGAACUUGGCUCGUUGGACGCUGAGACUCGGCUUUGUCUCAAGCCUUCUGUGAAAGUGAGCAAGAUAAUAACUCAAAAGGAGGAUUCUGGGUCGACUAACGCCGCAAAUGAUGAUGAUGUGCAAGCAGACUUGAAAGGUAUCAAGCUCAACUCAAUGGGCAGGCCAAUGCGUAAAUCGGCCUGCCAAUUCUCCGCACGCCGCUUGAUGCGCCGAGGUCGCCUUCCUGCCUCCUUAGCUCCUGGCUCACCUGUCUCGGCUAGCGCUGAGACUCCGGCUCCUUUAGUUUCACCUCCUGGUGGCACUCGUGGAGCUGCCUCAUCUCUUUCUAGUUCAGAUUAUGAAUCUGAGUCCGAGUCCAACGAUGACGAUGAUGAUGAGGGAGAGGCCGACGCGUCAGGGUCAUCUAGCUUUGAAACUAGAACUGGGUCAGGGGAAAGCAAAUCCGUUUGCUUUCUUACCAAGCUACAGGUUUUGGCGGAUGAAGAUUCUCAGGAAUCUGACCCAGACUAUGUGGCACCACUGAAGCAUCCCGGAACCAAGGUUUCCGGCAAUAUGGCUAAUUUACAAGCUAGUAGGUAUUUUUUAUUUUACUGA